AAAGGGUCGCGCGUCAUGGAGGAUCGUGCGCCGGCCUCGCACGCCCCCGGUUUUUUGGCCGAGGGCAGGUGCAGCUACUUCGUGGAGAAGAAGAAGCGCUUCUGCAGGAUGGUGGCGGCCGCGGGGAAGAGGUUCUGCGGGGAGCACGCCGGAGCCGCGGAGGAAGAAAACUCUCGGAAAAGAAUCUUGUGUCCCUUAGAUCCAAAACACACUGUAUAUGAAGACCAACUAGCAAAACAUUUAAAAAAAUGUAAUUCAAGAGAGAAGCCAAAGCCUGAUUUCUUUAUUCAAGAUAUAAAUGCAGGAUUAACAGAUGAAAUGGAAAUUCCUGAGCAAUUAGUUCCAUUUUCCUCUCUAUCUGAAGAGCAGUUGGAAAACUUAAUUAGGAAAUUGAGAAAAGCAAGUGAAGGCUUGAAUUCUAUGCUUGAAGAUCACAUUAUGUCCCAUCCAGCAUUAAAUGAUGCCCUUAAUGACCCUAAAAAUGGUGAUUGUGCAGUCAAGCACCUAAAACAGCAGGCUUCUAUUUUAGGUAACAUUGAAAAAUUAAAGUUACUUGGUCCAAGAAGAUGCUUUGUUGAGUUUGGAGCGGGAAAGGGGAAAUUAUCUCACUGGGUUGAUAUUGCCUUAAAAGAUGCUGAAAACGUUCACUUCCUCCUGGUAGAAAAAGUGACCACAAGAUUCAAGGUAGAUGGUAAACACAAAAAAAAGAACUCAGUGUUUGAAAGACUUCAAAUUGAUAUUCAACACUUGUGUUUGAACAGGAUUCCUGUGCUACAAGAAGGAAGACUGCCUGUAGUAGGAAUUGGGAAGCAUCUGUGUGGGGUUGCGACAGAUCUUGCAUUACGAUGUUUGGUUGAAACCUAUGCUGCCAGUUUUGAAGAAAGGAAUGAAGAACCUUUAGCCAAACGCGUAAAGAAUGAUAAAACAGAAAAAGAAAGUAACAUUUUGUCCGAGGAAGAAAAUGAAAAAAUUAUCCCAGAGACGUGGAACCCUGUGGCUGGCAUUGUCAUUGCACUCUGUUGUCACCACAGGUGUGAUUGGAGACAUUAUGUGGGCAAAGAGUAUUUCAAGGCUCUGGGCCUUGGGGCAGUGGACUUUUACUAUUUCCAGAGAAUGAGUAGUUGGGCGACAUGUGGAAUGAGAGGGACAUCUUUGGAAGCCUCAGAUAUUACUACAAAGGGAAAAGAUGAUCAGAAUUAUGACAACGAAGAACAUGAUGAUGGAGGAGAUGGAGAUAGACUCACAGAUGGUGGCCCUGAUGGUGUGCCUGGGAUUCUUACUGCUGAAGAGAAAAAGAAUAUAGGACAGCUUUGCAAAUUGCUGAUUGACCAAGGCCGUCUCCAGUAUUUACAACAGAAAGGCUUCAGUACUGCCUUACAAUACUAUACAGACCCGUCAGUGUCUCUGGAAAACGUGUUAUUAACUGCUGUACCAGCUCAUCUAUCAUCAUCACAGGAAGCAACUCAUUAAUGGAAAAGAAACAUGAACAUCAGUUGUCUUCUACAAACAAAAAAAUUGUAUUUUUAUAUUCACAAAAAUAUAGAUAGGUUUUUUUGUUUUAUUUGUUUGUUUUUACUUCCAAAAUCCAAACAGAGAAUUCACCAUGUUCUCCAAGCAUUCCUUUCAGCAGGGCUCUUAGAAUUACUUUAUC